AUGGCAGCCGGGGAUUUAUUACCGGGGCCUCCACCCGGCUGGGCGGACUUUCGACUUGAAGCCGGGAAGAAGGGGAACAGGAAGGCAGUUCUGGGAGCAGCGAGCCCACGGGUGGCAGCUGGAGGCCCCGCGAUGGCCAAGUUUCUUUCCCAGGACCAAAUUAAUGAGUACAAGGAAUGCUUCUCCCUGUACGACAAGCAGCAGCGCGGGAAGAUUAAAGCCACAGACCUGCUGAUGGUGAUGCGGUGCCUGGGGGCCAGCCCAACGCCUGGGGAGGUGCAGCGGCACCUGCAGACUCACAGGAUAGACAGAAAUGGAGAGCUGGAUUUCUUUACUUUCCUGACCAUCAUGCAUAUGCAGAUAAAACAAGAGGACCCAAAAAAGGAAAUUCUUUUGGCCAUGUUGAUGGCGGACAAGGAGAAGAAAGGCUACAUCAUGGCGUCUGAAUUGCGGUCAAAACUCAUGCAACUGGGGGAGAAGCUCACCCACAAAGAAGUGGAGGAUCUCUUCAGGGAAGCAGAUAUCGAACCGAAUGGCAAAGUGAAGUAUGACGAGUUCAUCCAGAAGCUCACCAUUCCUGUGCGGGACUACUGAACGAGGAGGCGAGAGAGCCGCCCCUGGGCCUGAGCACUCAGACUGUGGGUUUUGGAAAAGAAAGUGUUUCUUACACUUGCGGGAGAUGGCAAACACAGCAAGAUGACAAACCUAAGCCCAGCAAGAGGACAAGGAAACAAAAUUAUUCCAGCCACGGUAU